CGAGCGUUUCGCUCUGCCGCUAAUCAGCUGAUACAGCUAGUGACCUAACCAUACUGAUCACCAUACUGAUCAUAUUCGGAGUCGGAAAACCGAAUGUAUAUCACACAAAUAACAAAUUUUAGCGCAUGCGAUACGUAAUAGAUAAAGCAUGUCUUGGCUUGUGAAAUCUGUGCGAGCCGCUGUAAACACAUGGACACCGCAAGUGAUGCCGGUGCGAUUUCGCUAUCACGCGGACAAGAUAGCCAAGGGCCCGUUAAAAAGGCGAUACGGAUACGAAGAUCCUAUAGACAUGCGGGGCCUUCUACCGCGUUUAGACAAUGCCAAACGAUUGCCGAUGCCGAUCUAUCGGCCGAAAGACGCCUGGUCCGAGAAGAAGGCUCUAUUUGGACAGAACGACUACAUUGACAUAUUAGGCUCCGAUAGACUCCAUCCGACGAGAAUUCUUUAUAACGUGCCUGCGUGGUUGCGUGGUGUCAAGGGCAAUGAAUAUCAGGUUCUACUGAGAAAGAGAAAGAUAUGGCAGAAAGGAAUAUUUCCAAUCGCUAGACCAACAAAGUGGACAGAACUGGAGAAGAGAAUACACUACUUAUACAAAUUCCUAAAUCGUAAGACGAGACAAUAAAACAAUUAGUUUGACCGCGAUAUAUAACCAUGUAAUUAAAUUUUAAUUAAAAUAUAUACAGUACCUGUGCUUUCCAA